GCGGCGGCGGCAGGCGGGGAGAGAUGAUCGCGGAGUUGUUGAGCAGCGCCCUGGGGCUCGCCCUGUACCUCAACACCCUGGGCGCCGACUUCUGCUACGAUGACAGUCGAGCCAUCAAGACAAACCAGGACCUUUUGCCUGAGACGCCAUGGACCCAUAUCUUCUACAAUGACUUCUGGGGGACGCUGCUCACUCACAGUGGGAGCCACAAGUCAUACAGGCCUCUCUGCACCCUCUCCUUCCGCAUCAAUCACGCCGUCGGAGGAAUGGACCCCUGGGGCUACCACCUGGUGAACGUUCUGUUACAUGCUGCAGUCACAGGCCUUUUCACAAACUUUUCCAGGAUCCUGUUCGGGGAUGGAUACUGGACCUUGAUAGCUGGCCUGCUGUUUGCAUCUCAUCCCAUCCACACAGAAGCCGUAGCAGGGAUCGUAGGGAGGGCAGACAUCGGAGCCUGCCUCUUCUUUCUGCUUUCCCUGAUGUGCUACGUGAAGCACUGCUCUACCAGAGGUUCCUCACCCAUCACUUGGGGCUGGAUCUUGGGGGCAGGGCUGUGUGGAGGAUGCAGCAUGCUGUGGAAGGAGCAAGGAGUGACUGUUCUUGCCGUUUCAGCAGUGUACGAUAUCUUUGUAUUUCAUCGACUGAAAAUGCAUCAGAUCAUUCCUGCUUUGUACAAGAGAAAGAAUUUGACCCUCUUCUUAAGCAUUGGUUUAUUGACCUCCUGGGGAACUCUACUGUUGGGUGUCCGCUUAUACUGGAUGGGCAACAAGCCCCCAAGCUUUUCCAAUUCUGACAACCCAGCAGCUGACUCGGACAGUUUUCUCACACGUACUCUGACCUUCUUUUACCUGCCAACCAAGAACCUCUGGCUGUUGCUGUGCCCAGAUACCCUCAGCUUUGACUGGUCUAUGGAUGCUGUGCCUCUUCUGAAAGCAGUCAGCGACUGGAGGAAUCUACACACUGUGGUGUUCUAUGCCGGACUUCUCCUCCUUGCCAACUUCAGCUUGAAGGGCUCCAGCAGUGAGAGAGAAUGCAAUGGGAAAACUGUAAUGAAUGGCAAGCAGAAUGCUAAUGGCCAUAGCUGCCACUCAGAGAUGGAGUAUAAAACGCUGGUGGUGAAGUCAACCUUUGCAUCAAAAGAAGAGAAUGGUAUAAAAAAGCAUGAAAUGCAGAAACUGCAGCUUCCUUCAACUGAGAACAUUGUCAUUCUGUCUCUGUCUUUGUUAAUAGUGCCCUUUGUUCCUGCCACAAACCUAUUUUUCUAUGUUGGCUUUGUAAUAGCAGAGCGUGUGCUGUAUGUUCCUAGUAUGGGCUUCUGCCUGCUGGUUACAGUAGGUGUCAGGGCCCUUUAUGUCAAAGCCCAAAAGCGCUUUCUGAAGAACUUGGUUUUUUGUUCCACUGCUGCAUUAAUUUUUUUCUAUGGACUCAAGACUGUUGUCAGAAAUGGGGACUGGCAGAAUGAGGAGAUGCUUUAUAGGUCAGGGAUAAAAGUAAACCCUGCUAAAGCAUGGGGUAACCUUGGAAAUGUGCUCAAGAGCCAGAGCAAGAUUUCUGAAGCUGAGAGCGCCUAUAGAAAUGCCUUGUACUACCGCAGCAACAUGGCUGACAUGCUUUAUAAUUUAGGAUUACUACUUCAGGAAAACAGCAGGUUUUCGGAGGCAUUGCAUUACUACAAACUGGCAAUUGGUAGCAGACCCACACUAGCUUCUGCUUAUUUAAAUACUGGUAUCAUCCUGAUGAACCAAGGGAAGACAGAGGAAGCCAGGAGGACUUUCCUGAAAUGUUCAGAGAUCCCUGAUGAAAAUUUGAAAGAUCCUCAUGCUCAUAAAAGCUCUGUUACUAGCUGUCUUUAUAACUUAGGAAAACUUUACCAUGAACAAGGACACUAUGCGGAUGCCCUUAUGGUUUACAAAGAAGCAAUACAAAAAAUGCCAAGACAGUUUGCACCACAGAGUCUGUACAACAUGAUGGGAGAAGCCUACAUGAGAAUGAGCCGGCUGCCAGAAGCAGAGCACUGGUACGUGGAGUCGCUGCGAUCCAAGAGUGACCACAUCCCAGCCCACCUCACCUACGGAAAACUGCUGGCUCUGACGGGACGCAAAAGUGAAGCAGAAAAGUACUUUGUGAAGGCCAUUCAGCUGGAUCCUACCAAAGGAAACUGCUAUAUGCAUUACGGUCAAUUCCUCCUAGAAGAAUCCCGCCUGAUUGAAGCAGCUGAGAUGGCAAAAAAAGCAGCUGAACUUGACAAUACGGAAUUUGAUGUUGUUUUCAAUGCAGCCCAUAUGCUCAGACAAGCCAGUCUUAAUGGAGAAGCUGAAAAGUAUUAUGAAAUGGCAGCAGGAUUAAGACCUAAUUACCCAGCUGCCCUAAUGAAUCUUGGAGCCAUUCUUCAUCUAAAUGGUAAAUUGAAAGAGGCUGAAGAAAACUACCUCCUUGCUCUUCAACUUAAACCUGAUGAUGUCAUCACUCAGUCCAAUCUUCGCAAAUUGUGGAAUAUCAUGGAGAAACAAGGUUUAAAGACAUCUAAAACAUGAUGAUGAAAAACCUAAACUUUUUUUUCUUAAACUGAUUUAAACCACAAACUACAACUUCCACGCAGUUGCCCAAUCAGAGAACUCAUUGGACCUGACUGCAAAGAUCAGAUGUCUUAAUUGCUGCUAGGAGAAGCUAUUCUGCUUUUUUGGCAUAAGUUUUUUUGCUAGAUAAUGCAAAAAGAGAGACUUUAAGGUAUUAAUGAAGGACUUAUUACCCCACAAAAAUAUUUAGAACUGUAGCACUUGAGAGAAGGUGUUUUUGCAUAUUUGAUAAAUAAUUACAAAUCCCAUUUUGCUCAUCUUUCGGUGGGUACACAAAAUGUAAACUGUCAUAGAAAUAGUAAGGGAGAAUUGUACAGUGUACACUAAGCCAUAUGGGACUAAAAGUGGUAAUAGUAGGUUAAAGUAUUUUGCUGAUAUGGUAACUCAUUAAAAUGUAUACUAAAUCCAGUGUGUUUGCAGUUUGUCUUAAUGCUGCUGUAUCUCACUUUACAACCACUUGCUUACAAAUUUCACAGCUU